AUGGCGAACCGAAACAUGCAACAAGUCAACGUGCUCAAUAGUAAUUCCCCGCAGCCGGUGAAGCGUGGGAGCGACUCCCCGGAGCUCCAGGAGCUCCCGGAGCAGCAGCAGCAGUCACCGCCGGACAAAGAGAGCCCUGAGCGGCCGCAGCAGCAGCAGUCUCCCGCUGCAGAGAGCGACGAGGGCCGGGAGGAGAUGACUCUGGAUAUCACCAGCUUCAGGAAGCCCGGGGAGAAGACCUUCACCCAGAGAUCACGGCUGUUUAUCGGCAACCUGCCCGUGGAUCUACCGGAGGAGGAGUUCAAGAACAUGUUCGACAAAUACGGAAACAUCAGCGAGGUCUUCAUCAACAGAGAGAGAGGCUUCGGCUUCAUCCGCCUGGAAACCCGGACGCUGGCAGAAAUCGCUAAAGCUGAGCUGGACGGGACUAUUUUGAACAACCGACCAAUCAGGAUCCGCUUUGCUACGCACGGCGCUGCGCUUACGGUGCGCAACCUGAUGCCUGCUGUAACAAACGAGCUGCUGGAGCAGGCGUUUUCUCAGUUUGGGCCGGUGGAACGGGCCGUUGUCGUGACAGAUGACCGCGGUCGUCCCACUGGGAAGGGCAUUGUGGAGUUUGCAAACAAAGUAGCUGCACGUAAAGCCCUGGAGCGAUGCACGGAGGGAGCGCUGCUGCUGACCACCACACCUUGUCCAGCCAUUGUGGAGCCCUCGGAGCACUUUGACGAUGAGGAUGGACAUCCUGAAAAGUUGCUGCAGAAGUCCGCAUCGUAUUAUAAGGAACGAGAGCAGAUGCCACAUUUUGCUCAGCCGGGGACGUUUGAGUUUGAAUAUUCGUCUCGUUGGAAAGCUCUUCAUGAGAUGGAGAAGCAGCAAAAAGAGCAGGUGGACAAGAACAUUAAAGAGGCCAAAGAGAAACUGGAGGCGGAGCUGGAGUCGGCCAAACACGAACAUCAGCUCAUGAUGAUGAGACAAGAUCUAAUGAGACGUCAGGAGGAGCUGAGGCGACUGGAGGAGCUCCGCAACCAGGAGCUGCAGAGACGGAAGCAGAUAGAGAUGAGGCAUGAAGAGGAGAGGAGGAGGAGAGAGGAGGAGAUGAUGAGACACAGAGAACAGGAGGACCUGAGGCGCCACCCAGAGGGCUUCAAACCAAACUACAUGGACAACAGAGAACAGGAAAUGAGAGUGGGUGAGCUGGGCCCUCGUGGAGCCAUUAAUAUGGGAGACGGCUAUAACCAGGGCUCUCCGGGGCCCACUGGUAACCAGGGUCAGAUGAUGGGAAUGAGUGGAAGGGGAGGAGCCGUUGGCCCAGAGGGGACCGCAAAUAUGGGGACACCGUUGAUGUCCGAGAACGGAGCCAUGCGAAACGAUAGAUACCCGCAGGGUGGAUCAAUGGGGGGGCGACCAGAGGUUGAGUCCCCAAAGCAGCAGCAGCAGCAGCAGCAACAACAACAGCAGCAGCAACAGCAGCAACAACAGCAGCAGCAACAGCAGCAACAACAACAACUACAACAGCAGCAACAGCAGCAGCCGCAACAGCAGCAACAGCAGCCGUUGGGCCCUCAGGUUGGACCAGCACCAGGAUUUGGGAGGGGGAGUCCAGUAGGGGGAGUCUUUGAUGGGCCAAAUAACAAGCGCCGCAGAUACUAACUUUUCUCUGCAUCACGGAUACGCGGUUCUCAUGGAUCUUUGUUGCUGCACAAACCCGAUCUUCUCUUUUUCGGUUUUACGUCGACCCACUCCCCCCCCAUGUGGGACAUGUUUGCAAGUUUUAUUUUUAUUUUUCCUGCAAGUUGUCACGGAGGAGCUUUUAUUUUGUUACUGAUAAAACUACAGGACAAUGCUUUGUAUCUACGCUCAUUUGCAAUGUUUAUACAAAAUAUUUUGUAUGUCUAUUUUCAUGUUUCAUGUUUUUUUGUCUGCUGAAUAUUAAGUGUGCAAAUCAUGUCAAGGAAGGCCUUUGUGGGUAGACAACUUUGCAGUUGUUAUGGCUGCUAUUGUCUUGAAUACACUUAAUGAAGCUGCUGUGGGAGAGUUUAGAUAAAGAUGAAUUAGAUUGGACAUUGAUGAGAGUCAAAACAAGAUUGCUGAGCUCUCAAACUGGAAAGUAGUGUAACACCAACCAGAAAGAGUAGGUACCUUCGUAGUUUGUGGUCCUCCCUUUAAAUAUACUGUACCGGUACUUUUAGCUGAUCAGAUGUUCAAUCAUACAGUGAGUGAAUGUUUCUGCAGCUUCGGUGCAUCCUGCAUUUGAUGGUUAAGAGAAAUAAAAUAUUUGUAUGAA